AUGUCGCAAGACACUGGGUUGUUCAGCAUUAGGCGCCCCCGAGAAUCAUCGGCGCAGACCCUCGGGAGCGUCCAAAACUUUUCUGCAAUCCCUCAACCCUCCUCCGCGCUGAAGCGUACCAGCUCCGUUGGCGCCUUCCAAAACCCGCCGUACACUUCACAACACACGCGUUCGACAUCGCUUCUCAAUCCGCAUGGGCGACCCCAGCAACCAAACUUUCAGCGGUCUUCAUCAGGAGGCAGUUUUGGACCAGAUGCCGGCCUUUCAAGCGUCAGACGCUCUGUUUCGAGUAAUAUGUUCCAGAGCUCAAGUGUUGGUCGUCCAAGCUAUGCACCCGGCUCCCUCCCCACUAGCUCCGCAUCGCAGAGUCUCCAGCGAAGAAGCAGCGUAUUCUCGCGUCCAUCAAUGGGUGGGCCAAUGGCUCAUCAAUCCUUUUUCGCCCAGGCGCCAGUUCCUGCCGGUUUGCCUAAAGACCCUCGUCCGCUCAGGGAUCGAGCGUACCAAGCGCGAAUUGGACAAGAAUUGUUGGAGUAUUUGACGCAUAAUAAUUUCGAGUUGGAAAUGAAGCAUUCGCUGGGUCAAAAUACUCUAAAGUCGCCGACACAGAAAGACUUCACGUACAUUUUCCAGUGGCUUUACCAUCGCAUCGACCCAAGUUACAAAUUUCAGAAGAGCAUUGAGAACGAAGUACCAGCCAUUUUGAAGCAGCUACGUUAUCCCUAUGAGAAGAACAUUACGAAAUCCCAAAUAACUGCAGUCGGGGGUCAGAAUUGGUCCACGUUUCUUGGAAUGCUUCACUGGAUGAUGCAACUUGCUCAAAUGCUGGACCGUUUUUACAUGGGCGAAUACGACGACGCUUGUGCCGAAGCUGGCGUGGAUGUCACUGGAGACCGUAUCAUAUUCCGGUUCUUAACUGGGGCCUAUCAUGACUGGCUUCAAGGUGGCGAAGAUGAGGAUGAUGAGACAGCUGAAAAGCGCCUUGUUCCCCACAUUGAAGCCAUGGCGAUAGAAUUUGAGAAGGCCAAUGAGAAGUACGUUCAGGAAAUGCAAGUUUUGGAAGCAGAGAACCGAGCCCUUCGGGAUCAGAUCGAGGAGUUGGAGAAAAACGCACCCGAUAUGGCCAAGUUGGACAAACACUUCCGGAUCUUGGAGGAUGACAAGCGGAAGUUCGAGGACUACAACCAGAACGUCCAGGGCAAGAUUGAGAAAUAUGAGAACCGCAUUCGAUUCCUGGAGGAGGAGAUCAAGAAGACAGAGGCCGAACUCCAAGCCGCGGAGGAAGAACGGUCGAGUCUUCAGUCCAGUUUGGACCAGCAGGGCAUCACGAUACAAGAUAUCGACCGGAUGAAUACGGAACGAGAAAGGCUGCAGAGGAGUCUCGAGGAUACUAUGAGCCGAUUGGAGGAAGUGCACAACCGGGUCAUGGAAAAGGAGGCCGAGGCGAGCCGAAAACUGGAGGAUCUUGAGCAAAUCGUCAAGACUUACAAUACGCUUGGUUACCAGAACGCCCUGAUUCCAGCGUCUGCGGUGAAUGCCAAGGGUCAGGACUACGAGCUCCGGCUGAAUAUCAACGAAAACAGUUUCUCGUCAUCCCAGCUGGGCGGUUCACGGCAUCGAAACUCGCCCGAAGGGGACCGGCUCCUAGCGGAUGCUAACACCGGCUACCAUCCCGCACACCUGAUCAACCUCGACCUUCGAGGCAUGGUACGGAGCAAUCUCAACGCGCUUCGUAAGGAGAUCAAUGAACGAAGAAAACGGGCAAUCGAUGACGAUCUCGAACGUCGCAACCUCCUGGACAACAUCAAGGAAGCCAUGGACGAGAAGCGGAGCGAGGUGGAGGCGCUCGAGCACCGGAGGCGCGCCGCGGAGGAAGAGUUUGAGCGAACCAAAGAAAUCGCGACAGCACAGAAGUUGGCUUCGGAUGCGCAGAUCGAGAAGAUGGAGAAAGAGCUGGCCAAGAUGCGCGCGUCGCUAACGGAGAGCGUUCAGCUGAUGGAACAGCGCGAGAUGAAUACAAACAUCGAGUAUGAACAGCUGACACUGCGGGCGAAUGCGCUGCGGGAGGAGCUGCACACGCAAGUGGAGAGCAUGUUGAACGAUGUGAUUCGGUUCAAGGUGCACAUCCAGAAGAGCCUGGAGGACUAUGAGAGUUUUGUGGUCGAUGAGGUGGAGCAAGAGCUGGGUGCGGAGGCGCAACCGGCCGAGGACACGCCGAUGGACGAAGCACAUGAAAGCUGA